AUGAGUUUUACCUUCCCAACCAGAGCAGAAAAUACAUAUAUUGUCGACGAUAAAGUCAAUGUGACCUGGACGGUUGUCGCUCCGUUCAUUUCCCUAUUCGAGUCAUGUGGGCCGCAUGAUGAAGUUCUACAGGAUAAGGUUAAAAACACACAUAGUUAUGUCUGGGUAGCAACUCAAGGAAACUACGUCCAACCUUGCUUCUUCGUCCUCCAGCCAUUCUCGUCCAAUGGCGAAUCAUUUGGCAACAAUGUUACCAGUGUUUCCAUUGGAGUGAGAAAAAGAUUCACGGACGAUGGACCACCAGUUGAAUUUAAUUUCGCCCGUCCAUCACACUCAUCAACCUCAACCUCCGCAACGGCAACGGCAACGGCAACGGCAACAACAACAUUCACCACCUCUAGUACCACAACCUCUCCUUCUAUGACCACUUCACCCACAGAAACGACAUCCUUCCCUGCGACCAGGUCCGGGCUAUCCCAAUCGGCCAAGAUAGGGAUUGGUGUCGGUGUCUCGCUGGGUGUGUUACUCGUGGCUGCAUGUAUCGGGGCGUUUCUGCUGUAUCGACGACGGAAAUCUCGCAAAUAUGAGGAAGGCGAGGUAUCUACAGUUAACAGACCCAUUGAUGGACUUGCUCCACUGCCUACAUUUGAGUAUAAAGAUCCUCCGCACAAUCCCGCGCGGCUGUCCAAUACAGAAACCGUGGUGUCGGAGCUGUCGGCUGAGAAUUAUCGACACCGGGAGGAAAGACCAGUUAGUGAAUUAAUGGCGGUUGACUGA